AUGCCAGGCCCGACACCUCCCCUCCUCCGCGUCGCCAUCGUGGGUGGUGGCCCAGGGGGCUUGAGCUCCGCAAUUGCCCUCUCCAAGCUCGAGAACGUCGAAGUGACCAUUUACGAGCAAGCAAGGGAGCUGCGCGAGAUCGGCGCCGGUAUCCAAAUCGGGUAUAAUUGUUGGAAAGUCCUGGAAUUGCUGGGCGCCGAGGCCGAUGUCAAAGGGCACGUGCAAGAAACCAUUCUUCAGCGUAAUGGGCUUAAUGGAGAAGUUUUGGGUGAACGUACUUCUACAUCCGUGGAACCGCGAUACCGCGGACAACGAGUAAGACGAACGCGCCUCCAAGCCGCGCUCAUUAAGAAAGUUCCGCCGGGAGUCAUUAAGUUGCGGAAACGACUUGCCUCAUUGCAGAACAUCGAGGGAGGAGGUUCUCGUCUUGUCUUUGAGGAUGGCGAAGAGGUCGUCGCUGAUCUAGUCAUCGGAGGAGAUGGAAUCCGAUCAAUUGUUCGUGCAAGUGUCUUCCCUAACCACGCUAUCAAGUUUACCGGCAGGACAAUUUGGCGUGUGAUUAUUCCCAAAUCUCUCAUUGUCGACAUUCCCGAGAUGAUUGUGUCGACGGCCUGGUGGCAUGGCCCAGCCGGCCAUUUCUACAACUGCUUGGUCGAUGAUCCUGUCGAAACGCCAGAAGACCAGCAAAUGUGGGAGAUAGCUGUGCACAACGUUGUCCCUGCUGCGAUGGUGAAGGAGAAGAGAUUCAGUUGGGGCAUACCUGCCACCAAUGAGAGAGUUGAAUCCCAUUUCACUGAGUAUGAUCCAAGAGUACGAGAUGCGCUCUCUAGAGUUCCCCAGGGACUAUGGAAAGAGUUCUCGUCUUUCUCGGGCCCUAGACUGGAGAAAGUCGUGGCCUGGGAUAAGGUUGUGUUGAUCGGCGAUGCGAGCCAUCCCCUAACUGGUGCAUUUGGCUCGGGCGCUGCUUUUGCUAUGCAAGAUAGUUGGAUUCUAGCUCAGGCUAUUGAUUACACCCGGUCAUUCCCUCAACCCCUCGCCUCGGCACUUGAAAUAUUUGACUCAGUUCGAUCUCCGUACUAUCUCAGAAUGUUCGUUCCAAAUUUCUUGCUCCUAAAUGUUAAGGUCAUUCCUCAGCUAAUGUGUUCGCUGCCAUCAAGGUAUGAGCAUCUCGACCAAAUGGCAAAGAUUGCUCAGGACGCAAAGAUCAAGAAUCCAGGCCAGACCUUUGAAGAAAGUCUGGACGUGAAAGUAAAGGCAUUCGGCGGAGGAGCUUCAGCUAGCCUUUCGUGGAUAUAUGAGUUAGAUAUCAAGGAGGUGUGGGAAGAGUACGUGAAAACGCACAAGAGUGAUUGA